GCUGGCCGUUCGAUCGACGGCCGACGGGGCGCGCACUUGAGCGGCGGGGCGCUGUCCUGUCUCUCUACCCGUGGAACGUGGCGACCACUUCCAACGGGCCACUCGCCGCCGCUGUGCUCGCGUCACCGCGCGCCGCCGCCCGCCCCGCUCUUCCCCCCUCUUCUCCCGGGACAAGCGAUCUCUCCUCUCCUCCUCUUCUCCUUCCCCGGGGGCGAGUGAUUUUUUUUUCCUCUGUUGCAAUGAAGAGUUCUCCAUGGGCGGGGGCCCGCCGUCCUGCCGUCGUGCAGCUCCUCCUCUUCCUCGCCCACCUCGUCGGCCGCGGCGGCGCUGCCGGGGGAGGCAGCAAGGGCAGCUCGGUGUACCCGGCGGCCGUCGUCUACCCGCAUCACUCCCGCCAGAUCUCCUGGAAACCCAGGGUGUUCCUGUACCAGCACUUCCUCAGCGACGACGAGGCCAACCACCUCAUCUCCCUCGCGAGAGCAGAGCUCAAGAGGUCGGCGGUCGCUGAUAAUAUGUCCGGCAAGAGCACACUUAGCGACGUCCGCACCAGCUCCGGCACCUUUCUCAGGAAGGGCCAGGAUCCAAUUGUUGAGGGUAUAGAGGACAAAAUUGCUGCAUGGACAUUCCUUCCAAAAGAGAAUGGUGAAGAUAUCCAAGUCCUAAGAUAUAAACAUGGGGAGAAGUAUGAACCGCACUAUGAUUACUUCACUGACAAUGUUAACACUAUUCGUGGUGGUCAUCGCUAUGCUACUGUUCUUUUGUACUUAACUGAUGUAGCAGAAGGAGGGGAAACAGUUUUCCCCUUGGCUGAGGAGGUCGAUGAUGCUAAAGAUGCAACCUUCUCAGAAUGUGCUCAGAAAGGCAUUGCAGUGAAACCACGAAAAGGAGAUGCCCUCCUUUUCUUCAACCUUAAGCCAGAUGGCACCACCGAUCCAGUGAGCCUCCAUGGUGGUUGUGCAGUCAUAAGGGGCGAGAAAUGGUCAGCUACGAAGUGGAUCCGUGUGGCCUCGUUCGAUAAGGUCCAUUACCCACAAGGCAACUGCACCGACGAGAACGAGAGCUGCUCGAAAUGGGCGGCCCUAGGGGAGUGCAUAAAGAACCCAGAGUACAUGGUGGGAACCACAGCAUUGCCCGGUUACUGUCGAAGGAGCUGCAAUGUGUGCUAGGGUCAGGAUGUGAGAGGACAACUGGCGUGUUGGAACCAUUGAUCUUGACACAGGAACAGGUUACACCAAGUUGUUUCGCAAGGGUUUGGCCUGGAUUCUGCUGGUUUUGUUGCUCCUUGCUCCUGAUUAGAUAUUGGGUUUUUUGGUUUCCCCUAGCGGUUUUGAGCGGUAACCAGGCAGGAGCUUGGAAGAGUACUCUUUGCUACUGCAUACCACUUGUAUCCAUAAUCCGUAGUCUGUUCUAGGUCUCCUGUGUCCCACAUAAAAGAAAUAUGCGAUAGGUCAUGCUGGAUGGAGAUGCAUUUAGAACAAGCCCAGCGUUUUAUUUAUUGAUUUUUUAGAUUGCUUGGUUCUGCUAGCUCAUAAUCUGUACCAGAAUCUUGGAAGAUCUUGAUUCGUUGUCAUCUUUAACCUUUCUCGAUAUAUGGUAGUAUGCAAUUGGUA